AAAACAUCAUGGCUGCCACCAAGACCGAAAACACUAAAUCUAUAGCAGACGAACCUUCGCAAUCUAAUGAAUUUAAUGCAAAUGAACCCGACGAAUUAUUUGAUUCUCAAGAAAUCCCAGAAUGCACCAAAAGAGCUAGCAGUAUCCAGGCCAUUGACAAAGCCUCCGUCCAUCGAAUCUGUUCUGGUCAGGUUGUCCUCACAUUAGCCACAGCGGUCAAGGAGCUCGUAGAAAACAGCAUUGAUGCUGGGGCUACAAGUGUUGAAAUAAGGUUGAAAGAAUAUGGAAGUGAAAAUAUUGAAGUUAUUGAUAAUGGAAGCGGGGUUGAGGAAGCCAACUUCGAAGGACUAACUUUGAAACAUCACACAUCAAAGCUGCAAGAGUUUGAAGAUUUGGUCAAUGUAACCACGUUUGGGUUUAGAGGGGAGGCACUCAGUUCUCUGUGUGCUCUAAGUAUCAUGUCCAUCACCACUAGACAUCAGGAUGCCUCUGUAGGGACCAGACUGGACUUUGAUCUCAAUGGGAAAAUUGUUACUCGCAAAUCCGCCCCAAGACAGAUAGGUACCACAGUUCAGAUUCAAAACAUUUUUCACACUUUACCUGUCCGCCAUAAAGAAUUUCAAAGAAACCUAAAAAAAGAGUUUGCAAAGCUUGUGCAUGUAUUAAAUGCAUAUUGCAUUGUCAAUACAGGUGUGAGAAUCACAUGUUCCAACCAGACAGGCAAAGGUAGUCGUAGCGUUGUUGUGUCCACAAAUGGAAAUGAGACAAUGAAAGAAAACAUUGGCAACCUGUUCUCACCCAAACAAGUCCAGAGUCUACUUGAAUUCAAACAAGUUGUACCUUCUGACGAAGUCUGCUCAGACUUUGGGAUCAAACCUCAACAGAAUUCAAAUUUUAGGAUUGAAGGUUUUGUUUCUAAAUGUGAGCAUGGCCAAGGUAGAAGCAGCACUGACAGACAGUUUAUCUUCAUCAACAAAAGACCAUGUGACAGUGCCAAGAUUCUGAAACUGAUCAAUGAAGUGUAUCACAGUUAUAACAGGCAUCAGAAUCCAUUUAUAGCUCUCAGUAUAACCAUGGACAAAGAAUCAGUGGAUGUAAAUGUCACUCCAGACAAACGACAAAUUUUUUUAGAAGGAGAAAAAUUGCUUUUAGCUGUGAUAAAGACCUCGCUGAUUCAGAUGUUUGAAUCCACUACAUCUGUUUACAAAGUGAACAACAUCUUAUCUCCUUUAGAAUACUCACAAGGCAAAAUGUCUACAGAUAAUAGCUUUAUAUCUGGAACAAAUUUACAGAAAGUUUCCAGUCCAUGUUUAUCCAGCAGCCUCUCCCAGCUAAAGAGAAGUUUUUCCAGUGCUUUUGAUAAGGGAGCAUCGGGUCUCAGCCCUGAAAGUGUUGGCGGGGUAAAGAAAAAUAAAUCCCUCACUUCUGACACAGAUAUUUCAUCAAGAACCAUAACUCCACUAUCCCAGCAGGGGUCAGCAUCACAGGGUUCCAUCAAAGAUUUCCUCACCCGGUUAAAACCCAGCCAAUCAGUGCCAAAAGCUGGUGCCACGCCAUCCAAAACCUCACCAACCAAAACCUCACCCGACACAUGCACCAGUGGCCUAGUAUUUGAACCAGUCAGCCUCUCCUGGAGUGGGCAGUCCUUAUCUGAAGAUGUGGUUGAUGUUGAUGUAGAGGAAUCCAAUGCAAAGGGAGAUAAUCUACAAAGUGAUUCCUGUUUUUCUUCAUCAUGGGAAGGUAAACAGCAGAGUAGCACAAGUCACUCUUCUACAGAUGGAGAUUACUUUCAGAGUAAAUCCAGUCUCUUCCCACCAAAGGGAGACUGCACACAGGGCAGCACAAGUCACUCUUCUACCAAGGGAGAUAACCUACAGAGCAUUACAUGUCUCUCUUCUACCCACUGUAUCAGUGGUUUAGAGACAGAUUCAGAAACUAAAACAGCUAUAACAAAAAGUGACACUAAAUGCUGUGACAGUAAAGAGCUAAUAGCUGCUACAGAUGAAUCACAAGAGGUAUCAAAGGAAUUCCUAUAUAAUAAAAAUACCACCAGUAUUCCCCAAAGUAAUGAUGAUUCUAUUGAAGGAACAAAUGACCAGCCGUUUAAACUAGAUUCACCAGCUGAAAAAUUGGAUGUGACCCAAACUAGAGAACAAGUUAUCAAAUUUUCAUUGGAGGCAUUACAGAAAAAAGUGAGCACUAAAAUUACAAAGAGUGAGUCAGAUUCAAAUUUUUGUCGAAGUUUUCGGGCAAAAAUCUGCCCCACAGACAACAGUUCAGCCGAGGAAGAACUUCAAAGGGAAAUCAGCAAAGAUAUGUUUGCCAAGAUGGAAAUAUUAGGUCAAUUCAAUCUGGGAUUUAUAAUCACCAAACUGGGCAGGGAUCUGUUUAUUGUGGACCAGCAUGCCACGGAUGAGAAGUACAACUUUGAGAUGUUGCAGAGGAACACAGUGCUGCAGAGUCAGAGGAUGAUUGCACCACAAAAUCUGGAGUUGACAGCCAGUAACGAAACAAUUUUGGUUGACAACAUCGAUGUGUUCAAGAAAAAUGGUUUUGAUUUUAUUGUAGAAGCUGAUGCUCCACCUACACAGAGAGUUAAACUAAGCUCAGCCCCUGCUAGUAGAAACUGGAGUUUUGGAAAAGAUGAUAUUGAGGAGCUGUUGUUCAUGCUUACAGAUUCCCCGAAUGUGAUGUGCCGACCGUCCCGUAUAAGAAUGAUGUUUGCAUCUAGAGCAUGCCGGAAGUCUGUCAUGAUUGGAACUGCCCUCAAUAAAUCAGAGAUGAAAAGGCUUGUGACUCACAUGGGUGAGAUUGAGCAGCCUUGGAACUGUCCUCAUGGGCGUCCUACAAUGAGACAUCUGUUUAAUUUAGACAUGCUACCCACAUGAGGCUACCCACAUGAGGCUACCCACAUGAGGUUACCCACAUGAGGCUACCCACACGAGGCUACCCACACAUUGCUACCAUAUAACAGUGCUACCUAUCUCACACAACCAUCAAUAAACAUGUA